GACGACGUCCAGGUUCGUCCCCCUUUGUGUUUUACCCAAUUAUAGAAUCCAGCGGUCUUCAUCAAGCCCACUCGAUGGCCAACCUCUCUCUCUUCUCCGCCAUUAGCAGCUAGGGUUAGGGCUCUGAAAUUCCUUUCCAUGGAACAUUCUUCAACCCCCGCACACUUCAACCUUUUCAAAUACUGUUACUGCUCCUUCUUACCGUUUCCUUGUCGCUGUUUCUGCUGUUGCUAUUGUUGCUCGUAACCUUACAAUUUUUGACAUUUCAUUUGUUGUAUGCGCAUAUAUAUAUAUAUAUAUAUAUAUACACACUCGUAAUCUGCUAGAGCUAGAUUCAAAGUUCGUAUUUUUUUUUUUUGGGGGGUUUUUGAUGGACUUAUCCCACCCUCAAUCGAACCUUUCCCUAGGGUUUUCAUCCCACGCAUCGCCGCCGCACCGGACCCAAAUCGCCGAUGAUUCGAUAUCGCUCCAGCUCGACUCGAGCCUUCGUGACCCCACUCACUCGGUCACACCGAUUCCUCUCCAGUUGCUGGAGCCACAGGCCGAAUGUCAGAGAACCGAGAAUGGGAAUUUAGAUAGGGAUAUGAAUGAUGACGAUGACGAUGACGAUGAGGAUAGAGAGGUCGAAGAGUUUCGGAUUUUGGGGCAUUCCAUGUGUUUGAAACGGCGAAGAGAUAGCGAGUCGUCGUCUUCUUCAGCCUCGGCGACCAGUAAUUCGAAGCGAGUGUCGUUCGGACCUGACCUUGAGGCUCGGAGAAGCGCGGUCAGGUUGUGGGGUGACCAGCCUUUACGGAUUGCGGACCCUGAUGUGUUUCAUAUCAUGGAAAAAGAGAAGAGAAGGCAAUUCAAAGGGAUUGAAUUGAUUGCGUCGGAGAAUUUCGUUUGUAAAGCUGUAAUGGAGGCCCUUGGAAGCCAUUUGACCAAUAAGUAUUCGGAAGGAAUGCCCGGUGCUAGAUAUUACUGUGGGAAUCAGCAUAUCGAUGAGAUUGAAACGCUUUGUUGUGAGCGAGCAUUGGCUGCGUUUAAUCUAGACUCGGAGAAUUGGGGUGUGAAUGUGCAGCCCUAUUCAUGUACCUCUGCGAAUUUCGCUGUGUAUACGGGAUUGUUAUUGCCUGGUGAUCGCAUCAUGGGAUUGGAUACUCCGUGUGGAGGGAAUACCAGUCAUGGAUACUACCUUCCAAAUGGAAGGAAAGUUUCUGGGGCAUCGAUUUUCUUUGAGAGUUUGUCUUACAAGGUGAACCCGCAAACUGGGUAUAUUGACUAUGAAAAGCUUGAGGAGAGGGCGCUUGAUUUUCGCCCCAAAAUACUCAUUUGUGGUGGCAGCUCGUAUCCUCGUGAAUGGGAAUACUCAAGGUUUAGGCAGAUUGCGGACAAGUGCGGAGCAGUACUUAUGUGUGAUAUGGCUCAAAUCAGUGGCCUUAUUUCUGCCAAGGAAUGUGCGAAUCCUUUUGAGUACUGUGACAUUGUUACCUCAACUACUCAUAAAAGUCUUCGAGGUCCUAGGGGAGGUAUAAUUUUCUUCAGGAAGGGUACUAAGCCAAGGAAGAGAGGGAUACUCCUAAAUCAAGGAGAUGAGAGUGAGCAGUAUGACUUUGAGGAAAAGAUAAACUUUGCUGUUUUUCCUGCAAUGCAAGGUGGACCUCACAAUAACCACAUUGCUGCUCUUGCCAUAGCCUUAAAACAAGUGGCUACUCCCGAGUACAAGGCAUACAUGCAUCAGGUGAAGAAAAAUGCUCAGGCAUUAGCUUCUGCUUUGAAGAGAAAAAAUUUCAGGCUGGUAACUGGAGGUACAGACAACCAUUUGCUGAUUUGGGAUCUGAGACCCCUUGGCUUAACAGGUAAGAUCUAUGAGAAGGUCUGUGAAAUGUGUCACAUAACACUCAACAAAAUUGCAAUUUUCGGUGACAAUGGGACUAUUGUUCCCCGAGGAGUCCGCAUUGGUACCCCAGCUAUGACAUCAAGAGGUUGUGUGGAGGGUGAUUUUGAGACAAUUGCAGAGUUUCUGUACAGAGCAGCUCAAAUAGCAACUGCGGUUCACAGGGAGCAUGGGAACCAGCAAAAGGCUUAUCUGAAGGCUUUGGAGAAUAAUAAGGACAUUGUGGAUCUCCGGAUGCGAGUUGAAACGUUUGCAAGCCAGUUUGCAUUACCAGGAUUCGACGGUUGAUGGUCGGGUCCUGGAUACAUCGGAUCUACCUUUUUUUUGCCCUUUUCUUUUUUCUUUUUUCUUUUUUCUUUUUGGGUUUUUCCUUUUUUUUUUUUUUUGUUCAGAAAUUUUUUAUUUAUAUAUAAACAAGUUAAUUUCUUGUAAUUGUAUCUUGUAAUUUUUUUAAUUAAAGGUUAUAUCAGUAUAUAUCGUAAUA